AUGACUUCGCUCGAGCCAUUAUCGCUGCCACAAGGCCUCGAAGAAUCCUACAUUGAUUGCACAGACUCGUGCGGUCUGGUAUUCCACAUCAUUUCUGCCGGACAGAAAGACAAGCCUCUGAUACUAUUGACCCACGGUUUCCCAGAGAUCGCCUUUUCAUGGCGAAAAAUCAUGCCAGCUCUGGCAGCCCAAGGAUACUACGUCGUUGCACCCGAUCAGCGAGGAUAUGGCAGGACUACUGGCUGGGACACACGACCAUUCCACAAAGUUGACCUGAACCAAUUCACCAUGACAAAUCUGGUGCGAGAUUUGGUUUGCUUGGUGUACGCGUUGGGCUAUAAGGAAGUGCAUUGCCACAUCGGACACGACUUUGGAGCUGUUUCGAGUUCCACGGCACCGCUCAUGCGGCCUGACAUGUUCAAGAGCUGCAUUCAGAUGUCGCAUCCUCAUCAUGCACCGCCGACUCCAUCUUUUGAUGUCAAGGCUUCAGCGGAGCCUAUAUCAAAUCCCGGCUCUGGCUCAACUGGGAAAGUAGAUAUACAAGCAGAGCUUGCGAAACUCGACCCUCCACGAAAGCACUACAAGUGGUACAAUUCUACUUCAAAGGCCUCGACAGACUGGGAGACAGCGUCGCAAGGACUGCACGAAUUUCUUCGAGGUUACUUCCAUGUUAAGUCAGCCGACUGGCCAAGAAACGACCCGAAGCCAUUAAAAUCAUGGACAGCGGCUGAGCUGGAGAAAAUGCCAAACUACUACAUCAUGCCCAANGGGUCCAGCAUGCCAGAGACGAUAUCUGACAUGAUGAGAAGUGAGAAUGACUCUGCAACGACAAAUUGGCUGCCCGACUCGGAUCUGGCCGUUUAUGUGAAGGAAUGGCAGCGUGUAGGAUUCCAAGGUGGAUUGAACUGGUAUAGAGCGCAGACCAGUUCGUCACAGAUUCAAAAGGCGGAUAUGUUGCUGUUUGCAGGUAGAAAGAUCGAGGUGCCGUGUGCAUUCAUAAGUGGUGAGAGGGACUGGGGUAAUUAUCAGCAGCCUGGGGCGCUGGAUGGAUACAAGGAGAGCUGUUCGGACUUUCGAGGAGUCACGUUCAUCCCACAUGCGGGACACUGGGUUCAGCAAGAGCAGCCCGAGAAAGUGAUUGAGGCGGUGUCAAAGUCGGGCCAGACCCCGCCUAAAUCCUCUUUCUUCAGUCAUCACAUCAACCCACCAACAUCACCCAAGAGUCACGACCAUCGACCCUGUACCACCACCGACUGCACACAGCCCGUGCCCGUCUUCCUGACAGCAGAAGCGACAAUGGACUCGAUGCGCAGCCUCAACACAUCGCUGCCUCGCACGUCGCCUCGUCGCAACCAACAACCNCCGGAAGAACUCCUCUCUGCCUUCAAAGCCGCCGCCCUCUCCGUCACAAACCUCUACAAGAACGCUGCGUCCGAGCAGGCAAGAUCACGCGCUGCCGGCUACCAGGAUGCCUUGGACGACCUACUCUCUUUUCUCGACAAGGAAAAUCUUGGUCUCGGUGACGGCGAGGGUUGGCGGGUGAGGCAAUGGGCCACCGAACGCUUUGAUGGAGCCCCUUCUGCCGGACGCGAGAGCGAUGAUGAAGAGGAAGAGCAAGAAGAGCAACCGCGGAGCUCCAGCCCUGAAGUCGUCAGGAAACCCACCNNGCCGGUCCUCAAGCGACGAAUGAACAACCACAACCCGAACCUAUCAUUAUCCAUCAGCCACAAGAACAGCAACCACAAGUCACUCGCCCAGACGCUGCUGNNUCCCUCAAGCNNAGAUGCUUUCACCUUUCGCUCGUCCCUGGCAUACCCCUCUCCACACCACGACCGAGAAGUAGACAUGGAUGCCUCCAACAACCCACCCAUCGACUCUCCCAAUCCAUCAACAUCCAACAAUCCACUCAGACUCGAAGUCCAUCCCAGACGACGAAACAACCACAACCGCUCCAACAACAAUACCAAUACCAACAGAAUCACAUCCAUAAACCUUGGUUCUCUAGGCUCAGGCACCGGCUCCAAGCGCAAAAAUCUGGGAGACUUUUUCGACAUCUCGGGCCUUUCAUUUGGGAACAAUGGCAGAGAUGGAUCUGAUCGUGGAGGAAAGAGAGGGAGACAUGUUUGA